GUGACGUCACUUGUAAUUACACUAAAGUGCAGAUCGGCGCUGAUAACAUACAGUAGACAUUAAUAUUUGAUUUAAGCGCCAUUUUCGCGGAAAUAAACUCGUAGAAUUAAAAGUAUAAGAUGGGGAAGGAUAGUAAAGUGGAUGACAGCGAAAAUGCAGCUGAAAAAUCAGAAGAGAAGAACAAAUACGGUGAACCUGCCAAGUUUGAUCCUACUUUCAAUGGACCUAUCAAGAACAGGGGCUGCACAGAUGUAAUAUGCUGCAUCCUUUUUAUCAUAUUUUUCCUGGGAAUGGGUGUGGUGGGCUACUGGGGCUACAAAGAAGGGGAUCCUACUGUCCUGAUAUACCCGUCUGACUCCGAGGGAAACCUGUGUGGUUAUGGAAAUUUUGUAAACAAGCCAAACCUGUUUUUCUUUGACUUGUUAAAGUGCACCAAUGUUGCCCAGAAUGUUGCUGUCGGGUGCCCUACCACACAGGUGUGCGUGUCAAAAUGUCCUGACAAGAAUUGGGUGUGGGUGGCUGCUGCUGCGCAGGAUGCUAACCCCUUGCUCAGUACCCAGGAAAGGAGAAAGUUAAAAGAGGACAUGUAUUGUACUUAUAAUAUAACCACGCAAGUUAGAGAUGAAAAGUCAAUUAAAGAGCUAGUGGAAGGAGGCAACUGUGCUUCCUAUUAUGUCAAGAGUGAUGCAGUUGUUGGCAGGUGCGUUCCCUCGGCUAUUUCUACUCUCAUUAACUCUGCCUCUGGUCUCUUGUCUGAUGCUGGCAACACCACCCUGGUGGCAGCCGAUAACACUACUGUCACAGGUGAUGCACUUAGUGCAGCCUCCAAAGUACUGGCUUACAUCCUGAAUGCUAAAGAGUAUGGUGAGAAGAUCUUGGCUGAUGUCAGAGCCUCCUGGUGGAUGAUUUUGGUUGGCCUUGGCAUUUCAUGUGUAAUUGCCUUCAUUUGGAUUAUCAUCAUGAGAUGGAUAGCUGGAGUCAUUGUCUGGUUCACCAUAUUUGCCUUCAUUGCUCUAUUCUCCUUCUCCACAUACUACACACUCAGCAGGUACUUUGAGAUGAAAAACAACUCAUCUGCCAGUCUAAACAGUGUCACGGACAUAGAGUUCACCACAAAUUUGGACUACUACUGGAACCUCAGCACCACCUGGCUGGUCUUUGGCAUUAUCUCUGCCACCAUCCUUGGCCUGUCCAUCCUCAUCCUCCUCUUCCUCAGGAACAGAAUCCGCAUCGCCAUUGCUCUCAUCAAGGAAGCCAGCAGAGCUGUGGGCAACAUGAUGUUCACCCUACUGUGGCCCAUCAUCCCAUUCUUCCUCCAAGUGGUCCUGUUUGGAUUCUGGGGUGCAACUGCCCUCUACCUGGCCUCGUCAGACAAGAAGAAGUAUGCUAGCUCCUCUGGGAACCUGACCAGUAAUGUGACGGCAGCAGAUAGUUCCAAUCUUGUCACAACGUUUGCAGCAUCAUGUGCUGCGGAUUAUACCAACAGUACCCUAGGCCAGUUCUGUGGAUUUGUGGGCUAUGAUGUCCAGGAGUACACUAUAUACUUACAAUUCUACAUGUUAUUCAUGCUGUUCUGGGUGAUGAACUUCAUCAUUGCUCUUGGACAGCUGACCCUGGCUGGGGCCUUCGCCUCCUACUACUGGGCCUUCUCCAAGCCCCAGGAUAUCCCCGCCUUUCCUGUGACUGCUUCUUUAUGGAGAUCUUUAAGAUAUCACUUGGGUUCAAUAGCCUUUGGUUCUUUGAUCAUUGCCAUCAUUCAGAUUAUACGGGUGAUACUAGAGUACGUAGAUAACAAGCUAAAAGGCUCUGAGAACCAAGUGGCCAAAUUCUUCCUCAAGUGCCUGAAAUGCUGUUUCUGGUGCUUGGAGAAGUUUAUGAAGUUCCUCAACAAAAAUGCUUACAUUCUGAUUGCAGUUUAUGGAAAGAAUUUCUGCACAUCUGCGAAAAAUGCUUUCUUCCUUAUAAUGAGGAACAUAGUGCGGGUUGUGGUCAUAGACAAAGUCGCCGAUUUCUUGCUGCUAAUUGCGAAGUUGGUGGUUGUUGCAGCAACAACCAUUCUGGCAUUCUUCUUCUUCAGUGGACAGGUCCCUAUCCAAGUCAUCAACGGUUAUGUUCCCUCACUACACUACUACUUGAUCCCCGUGAUGAUCAUAUCCCUGGGGUCUUAUGUGAUAGCAGCAGCUUUCUUCAGCGUAUACGGCAUGGGUGUGGACACUCUGUUCCUUUGUUUCUUGGAGGACUGUGAACGCCAUGAUGGCUCGGCAGAAAAGCCUUACUACAUGAACAAGGAUCUCAUGGGUAUUCUGGGGAAGAAAAACAAAUUGGAAAGUACAGAGGGUGACAAGAAGGGAAAGAAGGGAUAAUCAGUGUUCAACAAACCUACAGUACCUAAUCAUUUCAAGAAAAGAGGCAAUCCAUAAUGUGAGGAAAUGCUUUAUAUAAAAAAAGGUGAAAAUCUGAUUUUUUUGUACAUCCAUGAGAAGAGGAAAAAAUUAGACGGUGCAAAGAAACAAAUGGUUUUGUUGACCGCAUUUAUUAGAUUCUGUAUUAGGUACUUAGUCAGGUUCGUUACUUAGUCAGGUUCACAGAAAGCGGGUUUAUUGGACCAAAUUUUUGGAAAUUAAUUCACAAUUACAAAGAGAAGGAGAAAGACAAGAAUGCCUGCAUAAAAAACGUACUAGAAUUGGCUAUCUGUACCACAUUAAGGAUGAAAUAUUCAUUGAAGGUGAGAAAAAAAGUAAAAUGUGAUCAGGAAUAGAACUAGUAAACUUGAACAUUCCAAGAGAGAAACCUAUUUGGAAGAGAAAUCCAAUUUUUAAUUCAAGCAAUAAUUUUAUAAAGGAAAGGAAAUUACACCAAAAUAUGUAUAUGUGAUCUUUUUAAUUCUUAUUCAUUCCCAAUUUUUUGUUCCCAAGGAAGUCAGUAUUAAUAAGAAUUGCUGUGAUUUUUUAAUACUUUAUCCAGUUUUUUAUUUUAUUAAUUUAUUUCAUUUUUGUACAAGUCAGGGGACAAAAAAAAAAACAGAUGGGAUCAACCUUGUGUUCCUGAUGUCUCGGUAAAAUACAAACAAAUUACAAAUACACUGACCAAUACACAUGCACAAAUACCAUGCACAAAGUAUAUACAAAUGUGGCUGGUUUUUUCUUUUUUUUUCUGCAGUGAUUUGGUUUAAUCACAGUAAGAAAAUGAAGUAACAAUGUUCCUGUUUUUCUUAGUAAUUUAAUGCCUAUUUCAAAUUCCAGUGCAGACUUUUAUCUGUGUACACACUGCAUUUAAACUUGCUUUGUAACAACUAAAAUAUCUGUUUUAGUAACUUUUUAGGAUACUGAUGAUGUAUCAUCUGAUAAUACCUUAUAUAUUUUUCAGUGUUUAGAAUCAGUGAAUUUGUUUCUUUUUAUUGAGUGUCCAGUACAAUACAUCCAGCUUAUUAAAGCUUUUAAAUCACUUGUGAUAUAUCAACAUUCCAUGUGUAUAUAUAUUCAAAUUUUGAAAAGUGUUUGACACACAAAGGAAUUAAUUACCUUUUCAUAAAAUAACACGCUCCUUUAUA